CGGCGCUGGGAGACUGCGGCCGGAGGCUGCGGCGGUGCGCGCGGGAGCGGGGACGCCGGCCGCAGGUUUGGAAGAUGACCUGCAGCACAGUUGCCCUUUUUUGUGGCAGCAGAUAGCGGGUGAAAAAGUGUGACACAAGUUUGAUGUUGGUGUCUGCUUCCCCAAGGUCAAGAAAUUAUCUCCUCAGAAGAGAGCAGUACUAUGCAUGUUAUGAAUUGUGUCUCCUUGGUCAGUGAUAAAGAAAAUGGGACUACCGCCAUGGCAGCUGGAUUCAUGACUGGACAAACACCACCCCCAGCAGCUCCUCCACCUCCUCCUCCACCCCCUCCACCUCCACCAUGUCCAUAUUUAGGGGAGGGGUUUCCUCCCUCUCCCCCUCCACCCCUACCACCUCCUCUACCUGGGGGGCCUCCUGUCCCACCUCCCCCUCCAGGACCACCCCCAAUUUCUCACAUGAACGGCUACAGCCACCUUGGUAAGAAAAAGCGGAUGAGAAGCUUUUUUUGGAAAACCAUUCCAGAGGAGCAAGUUCGUGGCAAAACCAACAUCUGGACCUUGGCAGCCAGGCAGCAGCAUCACUACCAAAUCGAUACAAAGACCAUCGAGGAGCUCUUUGGGCAGCAGGAAGACCCCACCAAGUCUUCCCUUUCUAGGAGAGGAGGAACUUUAAACUCAUCCUUCAGGGACACUCGAGAAGAGAUAACUAUCUUGGACGCAAAACGGAGCAUGAACAUUGGGAUAUUUCUUAAGCAAUUUAAGAAGUCCCCUCAGUCCCUUGUAGAAGACAUUCAUCAAGGAAAGAGUGAGCAUUAUGGAUCAGAGACGUUGCGAGAAUUUCUUAAGCUUUUGCCAGAGUCAGAAGAGGUAAAGAAAUUAAAAACAUUUAGUGGCGAUGUGUCCAAGCUGUCCCUGGCAGACUCCUUUCUGCACUGCUUAAUUCAGGUGCCAAACUAUUCACUUCGGAUUGAAGCCAUGGUGCUAAAGAAGGAAUUUUUACCUUCUUGUUCUUCUCUAUACACAGAUAUAACAAUUUUAAGAACUGCUACGAAAGAGCUGAUGUCGUGUGAGGAGCUACAUUCGAUAUUGCACUUGGUGCUCCAGGCUGGGAAUAUCAUGAAUGCAGGAGGGUAUGCUGGCAAUGCAGUAGGAUUUAAACUGUCUUCUUUGCUCAAAUUGGCAGACACAAAAGCAAAUAAACCUGGGAUGAAUCUUCUGCACUUUGUUGCACAGGAAGCCCAAAAGAAAGAUGCCAUUCUUCUGAACUUUUCAGAGAAACUACAUCAUGUUCAGGAGGCUGCUAGAUUAUCUCUGGAUAACACGGAGGCAGAGCUGCACUCGCUGUUUGCCAGGACGAGAUCGCUGAAGGAAAACAUCCAGCGGGAUGGUGAGCUUUGUCAGCAGAUGGAAGAUUUCCUUCAGUUUGCCAUAGAAAAGCUGACAGAACUGGAACACUGGAAACGAGAGCUCCAGGAUGAGGCCCACACCCUUAUAGAUUUUUUCUGUGAAGACAAAGAAACCAUGAAACUGGACGAAUGCUUUCAGAUAUUUAGAGACUUCUGUACCAGAUUCAACAAAGCAGUUAAGGAUAACCACGACCGUGAGGCACAGGAGCUGAGGCAGCUGCAGCGGAUGAAGGAGCUGGAGCAGAAGCGGCGCUCCUGGGCGGCCGGGGAGCUUGGGGGCUUUGGCCGGAGCAGCAGUGAGAACGAUGUGUUGCUGCUGACCAAGAAGGGUGCAGAAGACCUGCCCGCUUUCCUGCACCCCAGGCCCAUCAGCCCCUCCUACCGGCCCCCCAACACCCGCCGCUCCCGCCUCUCCCUGGGCGUCUCUGCCGACCGGGAACUGCUGACCUUCCUGGAGAGCUCCACCGGCAGCCCCGAGGACCCCAACAAGUUCAACAGCCUGCCCCGGAGCAGCUCCCGGCAGCCCCGGCCCACGGUGGCCUGGAUGGAGCCUGCAGAGCCAAGGGACCAGAAUUCCGACUGUGCUCACAAACCUCAGGCCUCGGAGAGCCAGGAGAAAGCCCCCGAGCCUCCCUCUGCUUGGCGGAUCCCGCCUGCGGCCGGGGGUGAAGAGGCUGCCGCGGCCUUUCCCCGGGCCCGGCGCGGGGGGAACAGCGUCCUGCGAAAGAGGAACAGCGAGCCUGUGGGCUUGGGUCCCGCCCGGUCCCCUCCGCUCUCGCCACUGGCUCUGGGGAUUAAGGAGCAUGAGCUGGUGACAGGCCUGGCCCAGUUCAAUCUGCAGGGUCCCAAGAUCGUGGAGGAGACAUCCCGGCCGACCCCGAAUGACUCGAGCCCAGCGGAGCUGGUGUCUCCAGGGGAUGGGUGCCCGCAGUCACUCAGUGCUGGCAGCAGCAGCCUGACACCAGGGGACAGAGGUGCCCAGGGGGCUCUCAGCCUAGCCCUGGGGGAUGACCGGGCUGCCCCUGCCGAGCCCAGCGACACGGCCCUGGUGCCUGCGGGUGGCAGCGACCCUGAGAACAAAGAUCCUGGGCCUCUGCUGCCCAUCUCCGACGCCACCGACUGCUCGCUCAGCCUGGACUGCUCGGAGGGAGCCGACUCCAGACCUGGAGCGGGAGAGCCGGCGGAAGGGGGCGAAGGGGACGGCUCUGUGUCCUCUGGGGUUGGGGACACGACGGGGGGCAGCCAGGUCCCCUCUAACCCUGCCUCCAGCCCCCCUGCGGAGGCUGCUGCCCCCGCCUCGGUGAAGAGUGAGCCCAGCUGCAAGGGUGGCCUUGCCAGGGACAGACCCGCCAAAGGCAAGGAUGUUACAGCACCGAAGAGAAACUCCCUCAGAGAGGCGCCUCCGGGGGCCCCGAGGCCGGGCGCGCGGCGGGGCCCGGUGUCGCGGCCGGUGCGCACGCUGACGGCGUCGGAGAGCGAGACCAUGCGCAAGGUCGUGCCCAUCUCCCGGGCCAGCCGCGGCGCGGGCGGCUGCAAGCGACCGGACCCGCCUUCCCGGGCGGCCCCCCGGGACUCCGCCAGCAGCGCGGACACGCCGUGGUCGCGCCGGAGCUCCGUGAGGGGGACCGCGGACACGUCGCCCAGGAGGCCCGCGGGGGCCGGGGCGGCGGCCGAGGAGCAGAGGCCGUCGCGGGGGCCUGGCACCAGCAGCGCCCGGCAGGGGAAGGAGACCCCGCUGCAGCGCAGGGGCUCUCUCAGGAAGCCCAGCGCCAAGCCCCUCAGGAACGUCCCCAGACAGAAGCCCGAGGAAAAUAAGAUCUGCCGCUCCAGCUCCCAGGGUCCCGAGAGUCCCGAAGAGGAGCCCAAGACCCCGCCGGCCCCCAGCGUCCCCCGGGUCCCAGCCCCGGUCCCGAGCUUCGCCCGAAACACGGUGGCCUCGUCAUCCCGGUGCAUGAGAACUGAUGCCCCUCCUGCAGCCAGAGCCCCUGGCAUCACGCGGACAGUGUCGCAGCGGCAGCUGCGGGUGAAGGGUGGCCCUGAGGAUGCGGCCGUCAAGGACAGCGGUACCCUGAAGCGGGCCAGCAGCGCCCGGGCCCCCAAGAAGUGCCCAGAGCCUGCUGCGGGCCCCAAUGGCCACACGGAGGUCCCUCCGAAGGGCAGAGGGGCCGGGGAGAGGGCCUCCCUCGGACUGAAGGACUCCAGUCGGACCGCACUGGGGAAAAUCCUCAGCCCCUUACGGAAGUGAUGGGUGCCUGCCCCCCUCUCUUGUCUGCUGGGAUUCAGAUGGGGAGGACAGACUUCUGGGUUGAGGACCCGGGAAGAGGCAUCACCGAAUCUUUGCUAUGCAUAAAGCAACCCAUGGUGCCAUCUGCUAACGAUCAGGUCACUGAAGGUACAGGCUGGGGGGCCUGGAGACUGCAGCCUGCUGUACAGACUCCUGCUGCAAAUCCAGGCCCGGGUGGGCGGGGCCAGCGCCCCUCUCACACCCUGGCCCUGACCCUAACUCCCGCCCCCAAAACGAAGACUCUCACGUGCAAGGUGACAUUCUUAUGUAACAAGUAAAAGAAUUUUUUUUUUUCUGGCCAGUUUUUAUAUAUUAAAGACUUAUUUUUUAAUAUUAUAAAAAUUAAAUGUUGUUUUAGUUGGUUCCUUUUGCAGAGUGAAAGAAAUGCCUCCCAGGAAAAAAAUAUAUAUAUAUCCUUAAUAUGAAGCUAUUUUUAUCUUCCUGUGUUCCCUGGCCUCAGGGUUCCACCUGCCCACACCUGGUCCAUUGCUGGCGACUGGACUUCUCCGAAAGCCCUUAGAUAUCCUGUAAUUGGCUCCAGCUCCUUGAAGACUUUCUGGCCGGCCCAUUUCUCCUUGCGUGACUCUGGGUGAGGGUUUGAGCAUGAAUAGGAGGGAAAGUUGGGCUCCGCUGGACAGAAAGCAGAUGCCCUUGUGUAUUCAGGGUGGGUGUCAUGGGCAAUGAGCCUCGCGGGCCGCGUGGCUGCAGGGCAAGCCUCCCCUGCAGGCCGGGGGCAGCCUCUGGGAGAACGCUGGAUUCUCUGCAAUGUAAAAGUGCCAUAUUUUAAUGGAAAGGCAUCAGGGCUGUUCGGCUGAGCACAUCUUUCCUCCUCUGUGUUUCUCCAUUUGUGUGUCUGUUAUAAAACUGAGUGAAGGCUGCUAUGACCUGUGUUCACUCUGGUUACAGGGAAGAAUAACCCUUUUGUCUCCCAGUCUGUCUUCUCCCUUUUCUUCUCUCUCUGUCUGCUCCCGGCCUUCCUUCUUUGUGUAAUGUGGCCUGGAGAGAGUCCCCCCCCCCAUCUUUUUAUUGAUGACAUCUCUUAUCACAGAGGUUUUUAAAUCCUGAGAAAAACCAAAUCAAGUUUUUUUAAAACAGACCCCAAAAAAUUGCUUUCAGAAGAAUGUAUACCAUCAGGAAAAAUUGGGGGGAAAAUCAGGCUUUAUUCAAAAGAAAGGGUUGAAAGCAUGUACUUUUUCUACCCAGUACCCAUUUCACUACUCUCUGAAGUUAAUUGGGAAAUGGGGGAGUUCUUGAAAGUAUUUUGUUUUUUAAAACUUGCCCCCCUCCCUGCUUCUCUCCACUUUGGGCCACUUAUUAGUGAAACCUCAUUUUAAAUCCAACAUUGAUAGGUGGAUGGAUUUAGGCAAACACGAUGCAUUUGUGGUGAGUCCAAUGUUACAGCCUCUGUCCUGUAGAAUGUUACCUUUUAUCCAAAUUAAUUGGAAACUCUGAGCUUCCGUAAGUCAGCCAAGCUUUAAAGGUAAACGUUAUGAUUGAAGAACUGAGGCGCCUGACCAUAAAACCUCUUGUAAAACCAGCCCUGAAGUAGGAAUUCCAGGGCUCCGCUAAGAUGCCUGUGGGAAUCCUGAGCUGCUUUUCACCAUCUCAGGACAUCAUCUACUUAGCCAGGUAGACAAGUUCAAAACAUGGGUGGGUGGGAAACGGAUGAAAGAGGUCAUGCAUUUGUGGACUGUGGAUACCGAAGGGGUCGGGACCCCUUGGAGGGAGCUUGGGUACUGGGUUCCAGUCCCUGCCCUAUCACUGAUGCCGUGUGACUUUGGCAAGUCACUUCCUCUCCCUAAACCUCUGUUUCCCAGUCCACAGACAUGGGGCACAAUGGUCUCCAAGGGUCCUUCCAGCUCUGAGAGUCCAAGGCAUGUAAACAACCCAGGACUCGUCUCUGUCCUGCAUCAGUUUCUCAGAACCAACCUUGGGCAUCUCUAAAGCAAAGGCCUCACUUCAAGGACAGUUCAGAAGAAAGCACCUUCAGAAUGAGUCAUUGCUGUAAAAGUGAAUAAGCUGAGUUUCCUGGGAAGCGGUGCUUUAUUUAGCCCUGUGGACAAUUUCUGUAUGCAUCUGUGUGAGCAGGUGAUCAUUCUAUUACCUUUUAUUGGUAGUAAGCUUGGAAAAAUAAUUUAAGUAUACAAUGGAGAACUGUAAAUAAGUUUCUAUGUAAAUUUGUUUAAGAUGAAAUGAAUGUAUUUAAAGGCCCAUUUAUAUGUUCUUUUAUGUAACAUGUAGUUUAAUAAAGUUCCUGCUUA